AUGCGUCGAGAGCACUGCUAUGUCAAGAUUGGUGCGAUCGCUUGGGACUGGUCGCAAACCUACCGAUGCGGCGAAACUGUCAAGGUUGACUGCGACAAUGGCAAGCAGAAAGAUCGUGGCACCGCAGGGACUGACGACAUGAGAUAUCUCUUGGUCACUGGUUCCACCAACAACGUUGUACCGCGAUACCGGGGCAAAGCUGCCGACCCAUUGGUCUUUGGGGCGCCAAAGAUUGACAUUGAAGGCACGUUGACAAUUGACAGGGACGGAAAUUUUGUGGCGUUCGUCGGCAAAGUCGAUGAUUUCCCGUCUUACGAGGCGUAUGUGACCGUGAAUGGGAAGGGUUGCGUAUAG